AUGAGCACUUCCAAGGACUACCGCCUGCUCUGUCUGGAGAAUCCUCUACUAGACAUCCAGGCCUUCGGCAACCAGGAGCUGCUCGAGAAGUAUGGUCUCAAGGCCAACGAUGCCAUUCUCGCCGAGGAGAAGCAUCUCGGCCUCUACGAGGAUCUCCUGAACAACUACGAGGCGAAGCUGCUGGCCGGCGGUGCUGCGCAGAACACCGCCCGUGGUGCACAAUAUAUCCUGCCGCCCAACAGCGUGGUCUACAUCGGUGGUGUGGGCGACGACAAGUACGCCGCUAUCCUUCAUGAUGCCGUCAAGCAGGCCGGUCUGCGUGUCGAGUACCGCGUCGACCCGGAGCACCCCACCGGCCGUUGCGGUGUGGUCAUCACGGGCCAUCACCGCAGCAUGUGCACGGAUCUGGGAGCCGCCAACCACUACGACCUCGACCAUCUGAAGAAGCCCGAGAUUUGGGAGCUGGUUGAGAAUGCCGAGGCUUACUACAUUGGUGGAUAUCACUUCACUGUCUGCCCUCCUGCUAUCCAGGAGCUUGCCAAGGAGGCUGCCUCCAAGAACAAGGUCUUCAUCCUAUCGCUUUCGGCCCCUUUCAUCCCUCAGUUUUUCAAGGACCCCCUUGACGCCAGCGCCCCUUACUGGGACUAUGUGAUCGGAAAUGAGACCGAGGCUGCUGCUUACGCCGAGUCUCAUGGUCUCGAGACCAAGGACCUGAAGGAAAUCGCCAAAGCGCUGGCCAACCUACCCAAGGAGAACACCAAGCGAAAGCGUGUCGCCAUUGUGACCCAGGGAACCGAGCCGACGCUCGUGGCAGUCCAGGGCGAGGAUGAGGUCAAGGAAUUCCCAGUUCAUCCGAUCGACAAGUCACUGAUCAACGACACGAACGGAGCAGGCGAUGCUUUUGCCGGUGGUUUUUCCGCCGGUAUAGUCGAUGGCAAGUCAUUAGAAGAGAGCAUCCAGAUGGGCCAGUGGCUGGCCAAGCUGAGCAUCCAGGAGUUGGGUCCUUCGUACCCCUUCCCUAAGCAGACCUACCAAUCCUCUAGCAACUAG